AACAACCAUUUACUUAUUUAUUACGGCAACAAAACAACGCGUAUUUUAUUGCGUUUACUUCUGAUGAUUAUAAAUAUAUUUACUUAAUAAAAUUAACUAUGCAGGAUCUAGCAAGUUCUGAUGCAGGUGUUCAAGCAGACAUAAAUGAACCAUAUGUUGAAGAAACUCAAGUAAAGAUUCGCCCAUUGGAUCGUGUAACACUGCAUCCAAAAGAGCCCCUUGAACCAUCAGUGUAUGGAAAAGGAAAGAGCUACAGCAGACCUUGGAUACUUCAGGAUGGACGGGAAUGUUCAGAAAAAGGAACCGAAAUGCGAGCCAAAUAUAAAAUUCCUAAAAAACCACACAGUACGCAAGGUAUACGCAAGCGGAUCCUUACCGACUUCUUCUGGGAGCAAAUGUUGGAUGAGGUGAUGGACGAGCUGGCCGCCUCCACUCCCGUUGCCGAGUACUGCUCCGAGUAUGAUUCGAAUUACGUUAAAGACAAUUUUGAACCUCGUAAUUUGGAAAUGGCCGCGGAUAACGAUAUGCAUUUGAAAUUUCCUCUGUACGGCACCGGAUCAAGUGCGAUAACAUUUUAUAGCGAAACAAUCAAGAAGAAUGGACCUGGUGAAAUAUUGGAGAAGUUUAGAAGAUGCCAAGACUUCUCCAAGCCAAUGUCGGAGCGGCUGGACGAUGGAUGGGUUUUGUAAUGUUUGGUUUGUAUUUAGGUAUUCAACGCACACUCUGAAUUUCUAUCGGCGAAUGUUAAAUUAGCCUACUUGUAGUCUACACACGCUUUUAAUUGAUAAAUACAUU